AUGGCGGAGGGCGGAUUCUACAGAGGCACCAAUGCCGAUCAAGAUAUACGCUUCACCGACAAGGAAAAGAAGCUCCUCAAGACGAUGAAAUUCGAAGACGCCCUCGAGCAGACCAUCGAUCGUGCCAAGGUUAACCUGGACGUCAUCAAACCGUGGGUGACCACCCGCGUCACAGAAUUGCUCGGUCUCGAAGACGACGUGAUCAUAGAAUACAUCAUCACACAGUUGGAAGAGGCCGAGCUCAACCCGAAAGUCAUGCAGAUCAACAUCACCGGCUUCCUAAACGCCCGUCGCGCGCGGGAAUUCAUGGGUGAAUUGUGGAGCUUGUUGCUCGAAGCCCAAGAAGCAGAGGAUGGCAUACCGCCGAGCCUCGUGGAGAAGAAACUGAAGGAAGUACGCACAUCCCGAGACAACCACCACGAUCGAGCACCAAAGAGGGAUAAUAUCGCUGUAGAAGCGGCAGAAAGCGACUGGAAACACAGAUACACUUCUCUCAGUGGUGGAAACUAUGCUGGGCCCAUGAUCAAAUCUGAGAAAGAUGACCGAAUUUAUCAUCAACAGGGCCGUGAGCGGGAGCCAGAACCUGAGCAAGAGCGUGAUCGUGAAAGACGGGAGGAGGCUUCUAAGCGCGAGGAGGCACAACGACGCGACAAAGAGCGCGAUGACCGUGAAGCGGCUAGGCGAGAGGAGACUGCACGGCGAGAAAAAGAACGAGCCGAACGACACCGUGAGCGAGAGCGUGAGGAACGUCGCGUCAAAGACGGUCGUCGGGAUCGUGACCGGGCCGAUUCGCGUCGUGAUCGUGACCGUCGUGAUGAUAGAAAAGACCGUGACGAGAAUCGGCGUCACGACAGGACACGGGAUGACGAUAGACGCGAAUCCAGGAAAAGACGCUCUCGGUCAAGAAGUCCGCGUAGGAAAUUCCGCGAAGCCUCCGUCGAAAAGGAGAAAAAGCCUGCAAAGAUCGACUCUGACGACGACGAUGAGGACAAGAAGAAGCACUCCAAGAAAAGCAAGAAAAAGGCCCAUAAACGAUCUCCUUCCGCCUCUUCGGAGGAA